GUCCGUUGGUCCCUCAGACCCGCGGGACAGGAGGCGGAGGCUCCGGGGGGACGGAGUCACGGCCGAGGCGAGCGUACCAAGGUCUGAUGAAUGGAUGAGGACGGACGCAUCCAAGCUGGAGCGCAAUAAACGGGCCAAGAGACGGAGACGGGGUGGACGAGAGGCUCUCCAUCCACACCAUCCCAGAGAGAGAGCUUAUUCUCGAUCCAGCACCAAGACCAUGUCUCCAAAAGACAACAAAGCCAAAAAAGCUCCUAAAGACAGCGUGACCCUGCUGCCCUGCUUCUACUUUGUUGAGUUACCCAUCGUGGCUUCCUCCAUGAUCUCGCUGUACUUCCUGGAGCUGACCGACGUUCUGCAGCCGGUGAAGUCGGGUUUCCGUUGUUUUGACCAGUCCCUGAGUAAGCCGUACGUGGAGACGGGAGACGAACUCAUCCCCCUGCUGAUGCUGCUCAGCCUGGCCUUCGCCGGCCCCGCUGCAUCGAUCAUGGUAGCUGAAGCUUUGAUCUACUGCACUCAGUCGAGGGUGAAGUUUCGUGGAGCUGAAGGAACCAUCAACGCCAGUGGCUGGAACUUCAACUCCUUCCUGCGCAGGACGGUCAGAUUCGUAGGGGUCCACGUGUUCGGGCUGUGCUCCACGGCGCUGGUUACAGAUGUGAUCCAGCUGUGUACGGGUUACCACACGCCCUUCUUUCUCACCGUGUGUAAACCCAACUACACCCUGCCCGGGGUCUCCUGCCAUACAGAGCCCUACAUCACCCAGGAUAUCUGCUCGGGACGCGACCACUACGCCAUCCAGUCCGCCAGGAAGACCUUCCCGUCCCAGCAUGCAACACUCUCGGGCUUUGCGGCGGUCUACAUAUCUAUGUAUUUUAACUCGACCAUCUCGGACAGUACGAAGCUCCUGAAGCCCGUCUUGGUCUUCAUCUUCGCCAUCGCGGCCGCCCUGGCGAGUCUCACCCAGAUCACGCAGUACCGCAGCCACCCCAUCGACGUCUACGUGGGCUUCGUCAUCGGAGCCGGAAUCGCCGUUUAUCUGGCUCUGUAUGCGGUCAGGAACUUCAAACCUUCUGAGUAUUUAACCCCCCGGAUAUUGAAGAAGCCUCCUCCACCACAGAAAGACCCUCUUCUGGCUUUAACCCAGCGUGGCCAUGACUCGGUCUACCAGAAAACACAUGCGUCCGAGAGCAACGAUGAACUAGCUGUCCCGGCGGACGUCGCCGGCCUCAACCGUAAAGUCCGGCGUGAGAAAGCUUCGAUGGGGAGUCUGAAGCGAGCCAGCGCCGACGUCGAGCUUCUGGCACCCAGAAAUCCGAUGGGUAAAGAGACCAUGCUGACGUUUAGCAACACUCUUCCUAGAUCGAGCGCCAAUGCUAACGGAAUUGAAGAACAUGCGCAGCGUCACAUGACCUUCCACGUACCCUCGUCCAAGCAGCUGGUCUCCGAGUGGAAGCACAAAUCCGUGGAGAUGCGAAGCUUGAGCUUGAGGGACGACGGCCAGCACGGUGGCUCCAUCGACACGGUAAAAGAAUCAAACGAAGGCUCUAAAGAAGACCUGGACCUGGUGUCUUCCCUUUAUCCCAAUGUCCAGGCGGCUGCGGCCUCCAGAGUCCUGAUUCCACCAAAACCUGCUGCUCCACAGAUGGUUCACAUUCCAGAGGAAGCAUCCAAACCUCCACCUGUAUCACCAAAAAGUGCCAUAACAAGAGCUAAAUGGCUUUCAAUGAGAGAAAACGCGGGUCCAGUACCAGAGGAAACCCCAGAGCCACCAUGUCUGCCCAACCAACCACAACUCCUAACCAAUCCCAAGUCUUCUGAGACGGCUUCGUCCUGCACCACGUCGAGUGCGGCAUCCAGCACAGAGUCGCCGUAUUUCCGCCCGCCGUCCGACAGAGACAGAAGCAGCAUCGUCACGGUCGAUGCCCACGCGCUCCAUCAUCCGGUCGUCCGUCUAUCGUCCGUCAGCUCCAGCACCUGGGACUGGAGACGCAGCUCGAACGGAAGCACGGAGGUCCAGGAGAGCAGUCGAACCCUGCCCAGGAAGGACUACAGACCUGUCAAAACCGACUCAUUCGGUUUACAAAUGCCACCGCCGCCACACCCGGAUCUGGUCCCGCAAGUCCACCGGAAACCUUCAAUCCCGGCCAAGGCAUGGGAUCUUGGUCAGCCCCAUCCAGAACCCGACCACUUCUUCAAGAACAUGCAGAUAGACCCGUAG